UAGCCAAAACCGUCGACUGGCUCACAUGAGCGCUGCCCUGCCCUUUUCAUGUUUUCAGAGCCGACUUUACGUCGGCCACCAAACCCAUCCAAAUUGGUGACGGCAGCCGUGACAAAACCACCUCCCGUGCGCGGGCUGUGUACGUGGUCUCCCCUCAUUAGUCCGUCGCUGUUUCUACAACCCACUCUUCCUCACGGUCAAUGGCGGCGGUCUGACCAACCCCACCACUCCCCAGAAAGCUCGUCUCGACUUUCCAGAUUACGCACCGGUGAAAUUUACCACGUGUGAAAUUGCACUACUGCGCCUGCUCAAUCUAUCUCAUUCUCUUCGCUCGUAUAAAUAUACCCGCUUCCUCGCAUCUUCCCCCAUUUCUCUCCCGAGUUCCACUGAAGAAAAGAAGAAGAAGAAAGAAAAGAUGAAGAGCACCGGCGGAAUUCAGGAUAGUAAGCAGUCACAGCUGGAGUUACCUCCCGGUUUCCGGUUCCAUCCCACCGACGAGGAGCUGGUGGUGCACUAUCUCUGCCGGAAAUGCGCCGCCCAGUCUAUCUCCGUUCCCAUUAUCGCCGAUAUUGAUCUCUACAAGUUCGACCCCUGGCAGCUUCCCCAGAAGGCCUUGUACGGUGAAAAAGAGUGGUAUUUCUUCACUCCUAGGGACAGGAAGUACCCGAACGGUACACGGCCGAACCGGGCGGCUGGGACCGGGUACUGGAAGGCAACCGGAGCUGAUAAACCCGUCGGAAAGCCCAAACCGUUAGGGAUAAAGAAGGCGCUGGUUUUCUACGCCGGGAAAGCCCCUACAGGAAUCAAGACCAACUGGAUUAUGCACGAGUACCGCCUCGCCAACGUCGAUCGUACCGCCGGCAAGAGAAACAAUUUGAGGCUUGAUGAGUGGGUACUAUGUCGGAUAUACAACAAGAAAGGCAGUGUUGAGAAGUAUUACCUGAAUGAGAAAGAAGUGAAUUUCCCAGAAUUGGAAGAUGAGAAGCCCAAAAUCACUACUACUCGAGCUGCCCUGCCCCCUGUAAACAAUCAGAACAACUCGAGCUGCUGCUCGGAACAAGUGCAGUCGUCUGGCUACACGGAGGUAGAAAGCGCCCCCAAAUGGGACAAUUUCAUGGACAUUGGCCUUCAAACCACCUUCCCUUUCCCCUCCUCCGAUCACUACUUCAAUGACUUCAAUCCAUUUCAACAAGACAUGCUCUUCAUGCACCAACCCCACAAAUCCCCUUUCAAUUUGUGUUAGUUAAUACACAUUAUUCAAUCCUGGGAACGCAUAAUACCAUGUUCUUUGUAACUAUGGUGAAACUAGGAUAGAUAUUAUCUGUAAUAUUCUUUUAGGUAACUUUAUUUCUUUCAUA